GGUCGUACUCCUAUUGCUUGUGCAGAAGGGAUCGUUUGUGUGUUGUGUUGAGUAUUUGACGGAACAGUUGAUAAAUGGCGGGGGCGAUAUUAGAAAAUCUAAGUGGGAGAAAGCUGACCAUACUGAUAUGUUUUUUAAUGUUCUGUCAGAUUAUUUGUUUUCUGAUUGGCGGACUUGUUGCACCGACGCCGUCUACCGCAGACCACAUUUUGGCCACAAAAUGUUGGGAUCCUGAUCCCAAAAAUAACACCGAGAAGUGGUUCUACGCUCGAGGUCGCGGUAAAUGUCAAACAAUUGAUAUACACGAUCACACUGAGCCAAAUAUGCAAGCAAAUAAUAUUGUCUUCGUUUUUCAAAUUCCACUACCAAGAGAUAGUUUAAUGCACGAUUACUCGCGGUGGCAACAAAAUCUUAUUGGAAUCCUACAGAUUGAUAUAGUGUACCAAAAAGGAGUUGAUGAAAUGGAGCCGCGCGUUCCGUUGACGCUAAAUGCAAGGCUGGCUUAUCGAAAUAAAGGUGAUGCCGAUGACGACUGGAAAAGUUAUGCCGCUUCAGUUGAAGAAAGGAUCCUUGAGUGUUCAUCUGAUAGAAAACCUGGUUACAACUAUAACUGUUCAUUAGUUCCGUUGUUUGAGUUAGGUUCUCUUCAUCAUGAUUUCUAUUUAUUAAAUAUUCGCCUGCCAGUGGAUGCCAAUAAAACCAUUAACAAAGGUCUGGGACAUGUAGAAGACUUGUGGCUAGUUACCAUUAAUCAGAAUGGAGGUUUUACAAAAGUUUGGGUGUCUCUUAAAAGCGUAUUCUUCCCAAUAAUUAUUGGUAUAAUGGUAUGGUUCUGGAAAAGAGUGCAUCAGUUGUCUCGCUCCCCAGCACUUUUGGAGUACAUGCUGUUUUCUUUAGGAAUUGCACUAACUGUGUUGAAUGCACCACUUGAAUAUUUAACACUCUCAUUUGACAUGCCUUUCAUGUUACUCCUUUGUGAUAUACGGCAAGGUAUAUUUUACGCAACACUGCUGUCCUUCUGGUUGAUAUUUGCUGGAGAGCAUCUGAUGAUUCAAGAUACUGCGGAAAAAAAUACGCUGCGCACCUACUGGAAACAUCUGAGUGCUGUAGCUACUGGUUGCAUUUCUCUUUUGGUGUUUGAUAUAUGUGAACGUGGAGUGCAACUAAGAAAUCCGUUCUACUCCAUUUGGGAUACAGAACUGGGAACAAAUUUGGCCCUAUCUUUCAUAAUAUUGGCGGGUAUAUCAGCAGGAGUAUAUUUUCUAUUUCUAACUUACAGAAUUUGGGCAGUGUUUUGCAACAUAAGUGCUAAAAGAUCAGCACUGCCUUCGUUGUCUUGUGCACGCCGUUUACAUUACCAGGGAGUAAUAUAUCGAUUCAAGUUCCUCAUGUUAGCUACAUUGCUUUGUGCAUUAAUGACUGUUGUGGGCUUCAUUCUGGGACAAGUAUCUGAGGGUCGGUGGAAGUGGAAUGAUCAAAUAGAGAUUGAAUUCACAUCAGCUUUUUUCACGGGAGUCUAUAGCAUGUGGAAUAUUUACAUAUUUGCACUUAUUGUUUUAUAUGCUCCCUCUCACAAACAAUGGCCAUCAGAAGCAGAUAUACGCAGCAAUUGUAAUGAGGAGAUUGAAUUCAGCCGAUUAGCUACUGAUCCCAGUGAAAUCUCAUCUUUAACGUCAUUUGCAAGGAAAUCUGCACUUGAUUAAUGGUAGUGUGUUGGUUGGUUGCAAGGUCUGUUACCAUUGUCUUCAAUACCAGAAUCUGAUAUUGAACACAGUUUGAUUUAUGGUAAUAUGUGUACUUACAGGUGGUGUAAAUGUAGGCAUUUGUUCAAAAUGCAGAUGAAAGAUGUGGCAUGCAAUAGUGUAUUAGCAUUGAGCAUGAUUUUGUGUAAUAAUUCCAGUCAUAAUUAUAAUCAUAUAGUAUUACCUGUAGUUUAAAAAGUGAUUAAAAUUUACAUUUUCAAGUUUAUGAUAUGCCAAUGGGGUUCAUUCUCUGUAUGAACUAAUCUGAGUUGUGACAUUACUGACACUAUGCUAUGUUUAUAGUAUAGAAAAAUUUGUCAAAUUAUUAAGCACUUCAUUGUAAUCUCAAAUACAGAUCUGCUGUAUUUUAGUGGCUGUCAUUAUGUGUUUGAAGUAAUUGGCUUUUGUUACAUUACUGACACUUCAUUAUUUUUAUAUUUUAAAAACGUUGCUACCAAAUAAACAAGGGCUUAAUUGCAUUCUCAGAAAUCUACAUUUAACAUACUGUAGAGUGAGCUUAGUAAGUAUAUCAAUGAAGUGUGUUUAUUGUUGUUUUUAUGUACGUCUUUCAACAAAUGCAUAUUUAACUAGAGAAUCUCUUAUGGUCUGGCAGAUAAUUAUUUCAUUUCAUAAAUAUUCAUGGGCAUCUGCAGAAAUUUGUCAGGGGGAGGGGGUGCAAGACUCUAAAAUUGCCAUUUUAUUUUAAUGAUUCCUACAGUAU